AUGGGCAAUCCUUCCAAUGACUCCGGGCGAGUGGAGGACUGCGAGAGUCGUCAGUGGCUCCACGCAGACGAAAGCCCAGCCAUCAGCUCGGCGAUGUUCUCAGCCGGAGUGCUGGGGAACCUCAUCGCGCUGGCGUUGCUGGCACGCCGCUGGCGCGGGGACACGGGCUGCAGUGCGGGCAGCAGGACCUCUAUCUCCUUGUUCCACGUGCUCGUGACAGAGCUGGUGCUCACCGACCUGCUGGGGACCUGCCUCAUCAGUCCGGUGGUGCUGGCUUCGUAUUCGCGGAACCAGACCCUGGUGGCCCUGGCUCCCGAAAGCGGCGCGUGCACCUAUUUCGCCUUCGCUAUGACCUUCUUCAGUCUGGCCACGAUGCUCAUGCUCUUCGCCAUGGCCCUGGAACGCUACCUCUCCAUUGGCCACCCUUAUUUCUACCGACGCCGCUUCUCGCGUCGCGGGGGCCUGGCUGUGCUGCCCGCCAUCUACGCGGUCUCCUUGCUCUUCUGCUCCCUGCCGCUGCUCAGCUACGGGGAGUACGUCCAGUACUGUCCAGGGACGUGGUGCUUUAUCCGCCACGGGAGGACCGCAUACCUGCAGCUGUACGCCACCGUGCUGCUGCUGCUGAUCGUGGCGGUGCUGGGCUGCAACAUCAGCGUCAUCCUCAACCUCAUUCGCAUGCACCGUCGGGGCAGACGAAGCCGCUGCGGAUCUUCAGGCAGUGGUCUGGGCGGCCCUGGAUCGCGCAGGAGAGGAGAAAGGACUUCGAUGGCGGAGGAGACAGACCACCUCAUUCUCCUGGCCAUUAUGACCAUCACCUUCGCCGUUUGUUCCUUGCCUUUCACAAUCUUUGCUUAUAUGAAUGAAACCUCUUCCCGAAAGGAAAAAUGGGACCUCCAAGCCCUUAGGUUUUUAUCAAUUAACUCUAUAAUCGACCCUUGGGUCUUUGCCAUCCUUAGGCCACCAGUCCUGAGACUAAUGCGCUCAGUCCUUUGUUGCCGGCCUUCACUGAGGACACAAGAAGCUCCACAAACUUCCUGUUCUACCCAGUCCAGUGCCAGUAAACAGACUGACCUUUGUGGACAGCUGUGAAGAUGCACUUCAUGAGGGAGCCUCUGGAAAAGCCUUUAAAUGGGCUCCUCGGAGAAACAUAAGCUGGUGUAUAGGCAAAAUGGAAGUGUCCUGACAAAGCAGAUGAAACAGACCUUUAUGAGGUGGCUUUGGCUGCAGAAGUGAUGACAAGUCCCUCCAUGUAUAUAAGGUGAAUAAAGCUCACCUUAUGUGGCCUAUGAAGGACAACCAGCUGUGUGUAAGACCCAGCUGAUUUAAGCUUUCCUGUUGAAUGACAAAGCAUGUGGUUUUGUAAUUGGUUUAAAAUUCUACAUGACUACUGUCUCCUGUUUUAAUUUUGAUGCCACUGCUGUUAUAAACGCAAUCAGACGAAAUGAACUCAUUCUCUAGGAAGCCGAUUCAUGCAAAUGAUGAAGCAACCAAGGAAGACAAGUUGUCUUUUGAUUGCUUAAUGGACUCUUCAUUUGGACCAUGAAGUUGAAAGUCAUUGGCCCCUUUUACUGGAAUGCCGGUGCGUGUGGCAGUCCUCUCCAGCCACUGCUGUGCAACCCUUAAAGGGUGCACCAAUUUCGUUAACGCCAGUUCGGUCUACCCAUCCGUCAGGACCCUCGUCAUGUUGUCGGGUUAUUUAUUCUGUGUUGUCUAUUGUGAUGAUGCUACUGAAGAAAACUUCAAAAGUUUUGCCUCAAAAAGAAAUAAUCUAAAAAAAUUAAUUCUAAUUAAUACUCUUGGUUUUGUUUUGUUUUGUUUUUUGGUAGGAGAUUUUUCACAGUUGUAUCUAAGGCCAGGUUUCAGGAUCAAAAUCUGAGAAAUCAAGCCCCUUCUUCAGGUACUCCAGAAUCCUUCGGGCAUUGAUACUAGGGACAUAACUUACAUACACAUUUACUUUACAAAAUAAAUGUGUCACAGCAAA